AUGGCCAAGGGCGAGCCUCUAGACUUCAUCGCGGAGACUUUCCAAGUCGAAACCUGCAAAGGCGAGAAGAAACCCUUCGCUCAGCUUUCGACUUGGGAGCUGCUCAAUCUCAAGCCUUACACGGUGCUGGACCUUACCGAUCGAAUAUACAAGGAAUACGGGAUCUCUUCCACCUUCAUGUCGAACAUUAUGAACAAGUACAACAUUCAAUCGACGGGCAAAGCCAUACUCGAACAGAAGUACGGUAUUACAAAACCGAUGCGAUACUUUCUGUCUAAGACACGGCAUUAUUCGUGGCCGAAAGCAAGCGCUAUUGUCGGCAUCGGAUCUGAUAACGUUGUCGGUGUCAAAGCCGAUUGUGCCGCUCGCCUGGACCUCGAGGACUUGGAGAAGCACCUAGAGGAGAGUCUUUCUGAGCAACGUGCGGUCUACGCGGUGGUCGCCAUCAUCGGCUCUACCGAAGAAGGAUCUGUAGACUCACUUUCAGGCGUCCUGGCUCUGCGGAAAAGGUUCCAAGCAAGAGGCCUGUCUUUUCUGGUACACGCCGAUGCGGCAUGGGGAGGCUACUUUUGUUCCAUGCUUCCGCCAGAUUAUCAUCCAGGGGACAUCGUCAAUAUGCCAACAGAUGUGGGAGCUGGUGAAGGCUACGUACCGGACUCUGGAUUGCGUGUUGAAACGCAGGAAGAUCUUUUUGCGUUGAGAUUUGCUGACUCGAUCACUGUCGACCCGCAUAAAGCUGGAUAUAUACCCUAUCCUGCUGGCGGACUCUGCUACCGAGAUGAGCGUAUGCGGUUCCUCGUAACCUGGACCAGUCCGGUUCUGUCACGUGGAACUCUCACCAGCAUCGGCAUUUACGGAGUAGAAGGAAAUGGCUACGGUGCGCUUCUCCGAGAGGUCACUUUCACUUGUAGUAGGCUGUCGGCCGAAUGGGCUGCUAUGACUACAGAGAAAGAUAGCUUCAUCUGCGUUCCGCUGAAUAUGCUUCCUUCUGAGCUCAAGGAAGGAUCUACCAAGCAAAUGGUCGAGGAAGAGAAGCAGCGUAUUCGGGAGCAAAUCCUCAACAAAUCGAACGCGCAAAUCGUACAGGAAGACGCUGAGAGACCUGAUGAUGAGAAAGCCAUGCAAUUGCUCCGGGCUCUUGGAUCCGACCUCAACAUAAAUGGGAUAGCUUUCAACUGGCGUCACACGGAUGGCACAUUGAACGAUGACAUGGAAGAGGCGAACUAUCUAAUGCACCGCGUUGUAGAAAGGCUCUCGGUCGACCAGCCCGAAGAUGACCCUACUAAAAUUCCGAUUGUCCUUACCUCAACGGUGUUCUCAGACGAGCUAUACGGCGAGUGCAAGGAGAAGUACGCUGAACGUCUGGGGCUGAAACCGUGUACUAUGGACCUGAUGGUUGUCCGCAACGUUGUUAUGUCCCCAUUCCCCACCGAUCGAAAUUCUCUCAGUGAGCUAGCAGGGACGUUGAAGUGCGUGGUUGCAGAGGAAGUAAAGGUUUGCCAGGAGCGCAACAAGAUCAACGGAGACUAUCACAACUUCCUAAUGCAAGGAAUUGAAAAUGUCUAUCUUGUUCACCUCCCCAUGUUCCAUGUUGCAAAGCACCGUCGGCAGGUUAUCCUAGCAGUGAAUCUGCCGGCGAAGGCGAAAGAGGCUUACGUCAGUAUCAAAAAUGCCAAUGCCACCGAGUCCAUCACAUUCGUCACAGCGACAAAGGUCAAACUCGAUGACAUUACAUCGCAAGGUGGGGAAUUCCGGGGCUCGAUCACAAGCAGGGAAUCCGGCAUCCUCCUAAAGGAUGUGAUAGCAACAGUCAAGCAAGUCGUCAAGGAUCGCUCGCUGAUCUCCUACCACCGGGAGAAUUCGUAUCCAUCCCGAUGCAUGCCCUUCUAUCUUUACGGCACCAAGACGGAGGCGAACAUCGAUCACAUCCUCCUACGCGCACCCAACAUUCAACUCACAGCCGAGCGGGUCAAGUUGCAGAUCGAUAAGCCACUUAGCACGGACCAGCUCGCCAGCGGCGUCAUCUGCUGCCUCGAUAGCGUGCGUGAGGCGGCUCUGCAGCCCUUCCCCGGCACAGCCGAUGUUCGCUCCAAUCCCGGCUUCUUCUUCAGCCCCGGUAAGAAUCUACCAGUUACCAUAUACCGCGACCCGAGAGGACCGAGCGAAGACGGACCCGGUACUGUUGAUGUGAUUGGGAAGAGUGGUGAUGUUCUGGCCAAGGGAACACUGAUGCUGGGUAAUGGUGGGUUGUAUAUUGAUAGCGUGGCGCUGAACAAGGAUCCUUAUAAGAGGGUGGAGAAGUAUGUUAAAUGGAAGGAGGAGUUUGAUAUGAUUGGGAAGAGUAGAGAGGAAGGUGCUCGUGGCUGCGCUGCUGGUCCUGCUGCUUGCCGGGGAGGAGACCUUCGUAAUGGCGGAGAGCUCCUUGAUGAUGCAGAAGAAUAUUGGGCUCGCGGUGAUGGCGACCCUGAGGGUGAAGACCUCGAGGCCGGAGAGGAAGAGGCUGGUGAUGGGCGCGUGCGUCCUGGUCCUGGUCCUGGUCCUUGA